CAUAAAAUAAACACUGACGUCACCCAAAUAGGACUAAAAACUACGUCAUAUGCAAUUGGAAUAUCGCAUUUUUUUCGUAGAAAAAAAUGAAGUUGGUGGUGUUUCUAUUAUUAAUAAUUUUCAAUUGUGAGGAGAGUCAUUCUGCUGUGCUCGUUCAGAAGGCACGUGUAAAAUCAUUAAUCAAAGACGGGAUUCCAAAUCUUCGAUCAUGCAUUCAGACCUGUAUUCGGACGAAAUCCAUAGACUGUCAGUACUUGAAGUACAACAUUACUACUCGACAAUGUUUGAUGUCUGAGAGUAAAUAUGCAGAGCUGGCAGGCUGGGUAUCAGUCAAACCAGAACACAUAGGAAAUGAGAAAGUCGCCCGCCUAUUCGUGCAAAGAACACAUGCAAAUAACUCUGGGACAACCUCUGAUGCUAGCUAUGCUGCCGUCCUAGUUCAAAUGAUAAAAAUUCUUCAAUUAGAGGCGAAAAGUCUUGAGCUUCAGAAAUUACUGUCUGCGACGGAAAACCUUAUAACACUAAGGGUCGGCCAGCACAUUUUAUCACCCACCCUCAUUUCUUUAGCCAAAAGAAAAAUCCAGGUUCUCAACCAGAAACUCAUGCGCCAUCAGCAACAAGUGAUAAUGUCAUCGAUGAAGCUUUUAAAAUCAGAAUCCAUCUCGACGAAUAAGAAAAACAAUACUGCAUUUGGGGAAAAUUUUAAUCGUCUUGUAGAAACUUUGCGCCUUGACCAGAAGAAUAUAAUGCGGGAUAUCUUGUAUAAUCUUCUCAAAACCUUACAGUUUUACCAGAAGUUACACAACUACAACCUCUUUAUCCGUGGAAUUCAGACACAAACCCAAAGAACUGUUCAACGUUGAAACUGUGUGUAAAGAAUUCCCUUCUCCAAGUACUCUUUUUUCGGAUAAGCAACUUGGAGAAGCGAAAUAUUGACGUCUUUACUUUUUUGUCUCUGAACUUAUACUGUACUGUUUUCUAUUUGCUUACUGAUGACAAUAAAAUUACAUUAUAUUUGAAUCAUUACAAAUAUCAAUGUUCAUA